UCUCUUCCUCCUCUCUUGCACAUACAUAUAUUCUUGCAUGUCGAUUUUCCACCAUUACAUUCACAAAAGAGCUUGACUUUAACGUGGCCUCCUGCAGCUCUAGCAUCGCCAACAGCUCUAGCAUCGCCAACAGUAAUUUUAUUGAAUUUUGGCCAACAUGUAACCAGCAGAGAAAGGUGAGCCAUUGGAUGAAAUCCCACACCAAUCUCACACCAUUAGAUCAUCAUUGAUGACUAUUAAUCACAAAAGUUGCUGACCCCUAGCAUUGCUCUAGGUAAUUAGGGAGCUAAAAGAGUCCAAAAUUAAGGGAUCAUCAUAAUCAUGGAAUCCCAAACACAGUUUAAUAAUUCUCAUCACUCGUUGCCACUAAUAGACUUCACAACUGAAAAUCUGAACCCUGGUAGUGACUCUUGGGUUUCAGCAUCCCAAGUUGUGCGUACAGCGCUUUGCGAUCAUGGUGGUUUUCUCGCACUGUAUGACGAAGUUGAUUCAGAGGUUUAUGACUCUGUUUACUCUGCAAUGGAACAACUGUUUGAUCUUCCAGUUGAAACUAAAAGGAAGAGCACAACGGAGAAGCCUAUAUUUAGUUACUCUGGUCAACUCUCUAGAAUACCCUUGUAUGAAUCUGUGGGUAUCGUGGAUCCGCUUAGCGUAGAUCAAUGUCAAAAGUUUACACAUAUUAUGUGGCCUCAAGGAAAUGAUCAUUUCUGCGAAAGUGUCAAUUCUUAUGCAAAGAAAUUACAAGGACUAGACCACGUUGUGAAAAGAAUGUUGUUUGAGAGCUAUGGACUGGAGAAUAAGAAAUUAGAAUGUUUGCUGGAUUCAACUGAUUAUGUGCUCCGAGGUUACAAGUACAGAACACCAAAAGUUGGUGAAAGCAACUUGGGAGUGGCUCCUCAUUCAGACACAGCCUUCCUAACGAUACUAAAUCAGAAGGUAGAAGGCUUGGAGGUUAAGCUGAAGAAUGGGGAAUGGUUUGAAGUUGGUGUUUCAUCCUCUUUGUAUUUGGUUAUGGGUGGUGAUGCAUUGCAGGUGUGGAGUAAUGACAGAAUACCUGCUUGUGAACACCGAGUCUUGGUAAACUCAAAGAUAGAUAGAUACUCUACGGGGCUGCUUUCAUAUGUUAAUAACAUAAUGGAACCACAAGAGGAGCUUGUGGAUGAGAAAAACCCUCUUUGUUACAAGCCUUUUGACCAUUACGGGUACCUCCGUUUCUUUCUCUCAGAAGAAGCUCUGAAAUCUACUUCGCGUAUCAAAGCAUAUUGUGGAAUCUAACACACAUACAUUGUGAUGUACUUGGUUGAUUCAUGAUUUUAAUUUCAAUUGUGCAAACCCAUUAGAACUUAAAAAUAUGUGUGUUAGUUUGUGUGGUGUCCUUAUGAUUCUAAUGUCAUGUUAAAAUUUACGUUUCGUAUUAUUAUUGAUGUUUUAUAUGUGAUAUGUUAUGUUUAUUUCAGUAAUUUUUAUGUAAUAUAAUCGUCAACUUCUUGUCGGAUGAAUGCGACAGAAGAGUAGUGUGUUAUCCAAUCAUCUGAGAUGAAAUGGACAAGCUCAUGUUUAUGAAUUGAGAUUACAAAGCGUAAUAGGUGCAAAUAAGUGAUAUAUUUGUAUUUUGAGUUUAGAUUAAAUAAUGAUGGUAUAACUUGAAAUCAUUAUUACCA